UGAACGCUGAUGUAAAGUCGUUAAACUCUCAGGGGAAUUGUGUUUAAAUUAGACCACAAAGUGCCAGGAAGUUGCAUUGAACACUGUGAUAAGUGGGUGCGGCGGAUGCCUGGUGAUAUAAACCGAGUGUACCUUAAAUUUCCCGCGAAACUUCCCAGUUCCCCAGUUUAGUCCGCUGUUUCAGGAGCUACUUUAAUAACGCACUUCACUCUGCUGUUUCACAGGUCUAUAACCAGAGUCGGCUGACUGAGCAAGAACCAAGAAACUCAUGAGGACUUACUAAUGGAAAUGGAUGAUAAUGGCCCACAGACCUCUCACUGUGAUACAAGAUGGUCACAGCAACUGUCAGGCCUUCCUCACAGGCUCCUGCAGCGCCUGAUGCCUUUCCAAAGAGAGGGUGUGGAGUUUGCUUUAUCUAGGAAUGGACGAUGUAUGAUUGCUGAUGAGAUGGGUCUUGGGAAGACGGUGCAGGCCAUCUCCGUGGCCUAUGCCUUCAGGCAGGAGUGGCCUCUCCUGGUGGUGGUGCCCUCGUCCCUGAAAUAUCCCUGGAUCGAGGAGCUGGAGAGGUGGAUCCCCGAACUGCAGCCAGGAGACAUCAACCUGGUGGAGAGUAAGAGCCACACCAUGGGUAUCAGCAGCUGUAAGGUGACAGUGCUGGGUUACGGGCUGCUCACCACAGACUCAGGCCCCCUGGUGGAGGCUCUAACCAGGCAGCAGUUUGCCGUGGUUGUGGUGGACGAGUCCCAUUACCUCAAGUCCAGGAAUGCAGCACGGACUAAGAUCCUCACUCCUCUCAUUAUGAGCGCCAAGCGGGCCAUCCUGCUCACCGGUACUCCAGCCCUGGGUCGUCCUGAGGAGCUGUUCAUGCAGAUUGAUGCCCUCUAUCCAAAGCGCUUUGGAACCUGGACUGACUACGCCAAGAAAUUCUGCAAUGCCCAUUACAGGUACUUUGGGCCUCGCAGGCAGUGGGACUGUCGGGGGGCGUCCAACCUGGAGGAGCUGCACCAGCGCCUGAGCCAGAUCAUGAUCCGCCGUCUCAAGGCUGAGGUGCUGAGUCAGCUGCCCCCCAAAAUCCGCCAGCGUAUCCCCUUCGACCUGCCCAAGGAGGCCGCGAAGGAAGCCUCAGCCUGUUUCGCCGAGUGGGAGAGACUGAUGAAGGGACUGGGGUCGGGGGUCGCUGCCACGGACAACCCCUUCACUGAGGUCAUGGGGCUGGUCACACAGAUGUACAAGCAAACAGCUAUAGCCAAGGCAGGAGCUGUGAAGGACUACAUUAAGAUGAUGCUGGAGGCAGAGCAGCUGAAAUUCCUGGUGUUCGCCCACCACCUCACCAUGCUGCAGGCUUGCACAGAGGCCGUCAUCGAGGCCAAGGCUGGUUAUAUCCGUAUUGAUGGCAGCGUUCCUUCCUCAGAACGAAUCCAGUUGGUCCACAAGUUUCAGAAUGACCCAGAAACCAGAGUGGCCAUCCUCAGCAUUCUGGCUGCUGGUCAGGGUUUGACCUUCACCGCUGCCAGCCACGUGGUCUUCGCCGAGCUCUACUGGAACCCAGGUCACAUCAAGCAGGCUGAAGACCGAGCCCACCGCAUCGGGCAAACCUCCUCUGUCAAUGUGCACUACCUCAUUGCCAAGGGCACCUUUGACACUGUCAUGUGGUCCAUGCUCAACAGGAAGGAAACAGUGACCGGCAGCACUCUGAAUGGGAGGAAGGAAUACCUGAAGGCCGACGAGGGCGACAAGGACAAGUGGGAGUUCCUCAGCUUCGCCAACGCGUGGACACCGAGCGAGAUGGUGCUGCCGCUGGAGGGGAACAUGGGAAGCGAGAACGACGUGUUCUUUACUCAUUUUGAGAAAGAGAAGCAGCAUGACAUCCGCUCCUUCUUCUCCCCAAGCGCCAGCAAGGAGAAAAAGAGGAAGAGAACAGAGGAUGAAGAAACAUCUCCCUCCAUCUCCUCAGAGACGACCACUGUGGCGGCUGGCAGUGGAGCCAACUCGGAAAAAAGCGAGGAGAAGGAAAUAAAGUCCUUCCUCCAAACCCCUGCCACGCACGACCAGGACUUCUCCCCCCAGCUAAAGAGGCUGCGGACACCGCAGCCCAGCCCCAGCCCUCGGUCUCGAUUCGGUGGGAAGAGGAGGUCGGCGACGGGGGCGGUCAGCUCUGGCAGCCCCGGUGCUCUGAUGUCCUUCAUGGCCCCGCGGAAACUGUCAGAGCCUGAGCCUUCGAUGCAGACGUGGAACUGUGGGGCCUGCACCUACUCCAACAGCAGCCUGUUGCCUUACUGCGAGAUGUGCGAGUUCCCGCGCUCUUCCUCUGCUGCCAUGUCAGAGCCACCCAGGCCUCAGCCACCCCCCUCAACCGAAAGGGACCGGGCGCGCGUCGUCCUCUCCGGCUCCAGCGGCGAGCCAGAGCUCAGCCUGGGAAAAGCCCAGCCUCUAGAACCGCGCAAAGACAAACAGAGCGAGGUGGAGGAGGAGGAGGAGGAGGAGGAGGAGGAGGGGGAGGAUGAGCCUCUGAAAGACAAACAGAAACUAGGAGAAGCAGAGGAGGAGGACAAGCGGCGGCUCAAAGGCAAACAAUCAGCGGGAGAGCGAGACGACAACGGCGCUGGCGGUGGCGGCUGCCUCCCCCCUGACCACACACAGGACCGGAGAGCUGCGGUGUGUUUGUCUUCUGCUGCUGAUGCUAAUGACGAUGAUGAGGACAAUGAUGGAGAUGACGCCAGCACUCCCCAUCCCGUCUACCCAGGCCUGCAGUUCUGCGCCAGCCAGUACACAGACCGAAUAUAUCUUUACUCCAAGGACGGUACGGCGUUGAACUUGAGCUUCGUCCCUCUGGACAUCAAACUAACCAACUGGGACGACCUGCCCGAGGCCUUCAGCCGGCACCGGGAAAAUCGAAUACAGGUGCUGAGGUUUGUUCAGGAAUGGAGCAGCCUGGCAGCCAUGAAGAAGAAGCUGCUUCGACGCAGCAGCCUCCUCUUCCACAGCCCUGCUCUCGGCUUGCAGCAGCUGGCCACCGCCCAGCGCCCUCACUCGAGCACCAAGAGGUACCUCAGUAGAGACGAAGUAGCCCAGGCCUCCCUGAGCAAGGCCCAGCAGGAAGGAGGCAGCGUCCGACUGGUCACCAAGGAAAACUUCUUCACAAAGAGGAGGUCUGCCUCUUCACUAACACCGCCUGCUUCAGAGAGGCAGGACAAGGAGCCCUGCAAGGCAGUGGAGGAGCAGCCAUCACCACAGUCCGGCUACCUGCAGGCUGUUGACAGCGAGGGUGUCCCUCUGUGUCUGUCCUGCCAGCAGGCCUGCUCCACCACCGGCGGGGCCUGGGACACUCGAUUCUGCAGCCACAGGUGCCAGGAGGAGUUCCAGUUGCGCUCCAGCCAGACAUACAUGCGCUCGCGGGUGCUGGAGGCGGAGCAGGGCAUCUGUCAGUUCUGCGGCCUCCACGCCCACGACCUGUUCCUGAAGGUCCGCGCUGCCCCGCCCUCCCAGCGCAAAGAGAUGUUGGAGAACACUUGGCUCGCCCAGCUGUCACUCAAACAGCUGAAUGAAAUGAUCCGCGCUCCGGUCGAAGGGGAUUUCUGGCAGGUCGACCACAUCCGGCCCGUCUAUAGCGGAGGAGGACAGUGCUCCCUGGACAACCUGCAGACGCUCUGCACCGUCUGCCACAAAGCCAGGACGGCUCAGCAAGCCAAGGAACGGAGCCGGAUGAGGAAGAGCGUUGCCGCCUCCAAGGUUGCGUCAGACAUCAGCAGGUUCUUCAUCAGGAAAUGAAACAACAUAAAAGUGUCCAGUCUGUCCUCAGUCCAACAUGAGAGGAUGAAGAAGUAGCGCUGCCCAGAAGGACGUAUUAUAACCUCCUGUCUUACAAAUGCAACAAUGGCUGAAGUUCUUGGUAAGUAAACAGUUGUUAAUGCUAAUGCUGUCUAUUUAGCUAUAGCAAAAACUUGCAUAAUAUUGUAAUCACAAAAGAUCAAUAUUUUUACACCUACACAAUGUGACUUAGUAAAGUGUUAGGCCACCAACAGCUUCAACGCUGCUGUGCACACAUACUCUGGAACUUCUGAAAAAUCUCCCAUGGGUGUUCAGUUGAAUUAAGAUUUGUGACUGUGAAGGCCAUAGUGUGUUAUUCAUAUCAUUUUCUCAUUCAUUAAACCAUUCACUGAGGCCUUGUGCCUUUUAUGGAAGCAUGUACACUUAUUUAUUUAGUUGUUUCCUCACAUUUAAAGACAAAAUUUAAAAAAAUACAUCAAAUUGUUAUUAUUGACAUUAUUGUAAAUCAUUUCAGUUGUUGAGGCACUGAUGACAAAAGCUAUAGCAGAGUAUAAACUGAACCAUUAGGAGGAAAAAUAAUUAUUAGGGUAGGUAUUUUCUUGGUGUUGUGAUUGCAGGGUCAUUAUGCUCUCCCUAAUGAAACAAACCAGCAGAGAGCCUCCAUCUCAGCUCUAGCCGUUAUCAUCGCUCUUCAGAGAAUAUAAAAAGGAAAACACUUCAGCAGCAGGCUAAUUAAAACCAGAGAGGUCUGGAUGAGGAGGCCAAACAACCUACACAGGUGGCGGGCACAUCACUGUGUGUGCUUAUGUGUGUGAGCUACUGUAGCACAUCAUGUUUAUGCAUGUCUGUAUGUGUCUGUGUGAGUGUGGGUGUGUGUGAGGCUGCAAUUCAUGUUUUUUCUCUUUAUUUUUGUGUGUGUGAGUGUGGUACAUCUGUGAGGCAGCAAAGGACGAUGUUGGAUGUGUUUGUGUGUAUUUGAAACAGCAGUUCCUGUUUGCGUAUGUGUGUGUGUGUGUAUGUGUGUGUCAGAGGUGUAUGAUUGUUAGAGGUGCUUUCCAUUCAUUUUAAUGGCUUCAGCCUCCACUGCUGUCGCUUCAUUCUGCUGCCUCCACUGCUGACAGGAAGGACCUAGCAGCUUUCAUCUGACAGGACCCUGCUCAAAUAGGCCAUUGGUGCACCAUAAUUAGUUCAAAUGUCGAAGCUGGUGAAAUAUUGAUGAUUGGGGACGAGUAGGGAGGAAGACAUUUCACAUCAACUGUGUGUGUGUGGUUUUUUUUUUUUUUUAGCUGUCUCUUUUUAAAGGACAGCUGGUGCUCUGCGGUUCCCACCACAAACAUGAAUCUCUGGUGUUCAGGCCACGAGAGGAUGCAUUUGCAUCGGGCGGAGAAAUAAACUGGGGUAGUAAAAGGAAUAAUUACAGAGGAAAACUGUGAAAUAAUGUCUUGUUUUUCACUGAGAACAGCUGGCUAAAGAGAGCGUUGCAGCUUUUUUUUUCACUGUGUGAAAAACAGAUACCUUAGCACUGGCUGGAAACAAAAAGUAAACCACACCAUGAAGACAGAGGCUAAUUUAUGCUCCUGCCAAUCAUUGGAUAUAAUUGCGCUACCAUGGCAUAAUGGCAGCCCAGGCCCAGUCAUUUUCCCCCUCCGGCUCUAUCUCAGGUACUUAGAGGGGUUUCCAUCAGCUCCUGAUUUUUCAAGAGAGACCUCUCAGACAGGAAUGACAAUGGACUUUCAAUGGCUUAUAAUUAUGCCACUUUCCUGCACAAUUUCCUGGGCAUCAUUUGCAUUAAGACUCAUAUGGGUGUAAGUGCACUGCAUGCUGCUUUGCAAAAGGCCUUUUGAUCAACUCCACCACUGAAAUUACCAAGUGCCGUGACAUUUCCUGGAAUGUCUCUGUGCCUCUCCGCUGUCGGACGGUUAUCUGAAUCUGUUAAUUAGAUGGAUCAAGUCCAAAGUUUGUGGCGCUACCAGCCGACACGCGUGUGUUCUGUGUGUGUGAUUGUUGUGACUGAGGAUUAUGGCGUGUGCAGAGGAGCACCUUGGAUAGAUGGCAUGAAAAGUGGCGUCCUUUCUUCAAGGUUGUUCAACACUGCGUCUUGUUUGCUUUUUUAAAAAAAUCCUGUAAAAACAGAGAAAAAAAUGAUGCUGGAUGUUUGUGCUGUGGAGCUGCCCUGCUGGCUUUAAAGGCCAAGGGUAAUACUGCCAUCUAGUGGACAUGAGCCGGUAAAACAGCUGUGGAUCGGGGGAACAUUAUGACAUAAAGAGAGAUUUGUGCUGCACACUAGAAGAUGCAGCUCUGUGGAAAAUGGCUGAUAUUGUUCUGGUCCCAAACAAAAUAAAUCGCUGUAUCUUUCAUCAGUUUAAUUUUGCAUCUGUUCAUAACACCAAAAAGGAGCACGGCUUGAGUGUUAAAAUGUCUCCGAAUCAUCUUUCAAAGUGUAACUUGAUCAUCCAUUAGUUUGCUGCCUUGGCUGCUGAAACAAUCAUAAAGAUAAUAAUGGUAUUUGUGUCUGGGACCUUUGCCUGCGCGCUGCUAUAUAUAUGUUCCCAUUCUUUGAGUUGUAAUUAGAGCUUGGACGGUGUUUUCCUUUCAGAUGGCUCUUAAUUCUGGGAUUUGUUGCUCACAAAAGCCGCUCUCAUAUCUCUUCCUCUCUGCGGAUUUUCGAGCAGUAGGCGUCUCUUAUUCAGCUUGAGAGGUUGCUGAAAAUAAAUCAUCACCCUCCCACCAGUAUGCGAGAAUGUCCAGAUGGUUGAAUUUUCACUGACGUCCUCCUGCUGAAUUUCCCCAUUGUCUUCCACGCUAAAAUUAGAAGGUAAUACUUGGUGAAAACGCUGCGUCUGCUCUGAGGGUGCUAGUUAAUUAUCAGGAACUGGAUUUAUGUUCUACCCACAAAUGAACCAUCGGCGCUGUAUUGUGCGAGAGUGUAGAGUCCAAAGCUAAACCUUGAAAGCCCCUUGAGGUUUGCUAAAGGGACCAAAUGGCAGGUUUCGCUGUCAAAUACAGUCUUUUCCUGCUUGUUUCUUGAGGAAGAACAAAAGAAGAAAAUGCCCUCAAGGUAAUUCAGCGACGAGGAUGAUUACAUUUUCACCCGCAGUUCCGACAAUUAGUAAGACACUAAAUCCUGCUAAGAUGUAAAAAAAAAACACUUAUCUGAAUAUCCUGCUCAUGCAGCAGCUCAACAUGCAUUUCCAAUUAUGCCUUGUUACUCCCAUUAACAUUACUAAUUCAGUAGCCCAGCAACCCAACUACUAAUCACCUCAGCACUCUAUUACAGUUCCUCUACUUUUUGCUGAUAAUGUGGUCAGUUAAUGUAAUCAGUAUUGUUGGUUAGCGGUCUGUCACAAUCAAUUAAUCAAUCGGCUAUAUGUAAGGAGAUAGACAGCAGGAAAUGACCAUUAUGUACUUCCAUUUUGAUGAGAAUUUUCUGUGGCGGCGUUUGACAAAUGACUGUUUUAUCUUCAAAUGCAGCGAGGGCUUAAAUUCAAUGGGAAAUAAAUCCAAUGUUAUGAGGCUGGGAUUAAACCAUCAGCAUGAUUUGGCGGUUCUUUUCAUUUUUGCAUGCUAUAUGUGAGUUUGAGGCCAAAAUUAGGGGCUUAAAUUUUUUUUUUUUUUUUUUUUUUUUGCACUGAGCUCUGAGUUUUUAAACUCGACUGUGAAACUCCAAGUCAAGAUGAUCCCAAGUGCUUCAUGACAGUUUUAUUACCAGAUUUGACAGAGGUGAGGGUCUCGCAUGGAUGUCUGUAGUUUGACAAAAAAACCUCAAGGUCCUCUUACUUGCCCCCCCCCCCCCGAGCUUUCAGCCACAUUGCAAGGUCCUCCUCUGUGAGAUAGCAACCGAGUGGUCAUCUGGGUAAACUGAAUCUGCUAAGGAAGAUCAUGUGAUGUGGUUGAAAAUGGACUUUAAGUGUUUUUUUUGGGUCCAACUACAACUCCAAAUGUCAAGUUUUGCCAGAGCUUUCAACAACUUACUACACUCUGUCCCUCAAUGGAUGGAUUUGCUCAGAUGAAUGGUGACUGAGCUCAGUUGUUAUCUUCUGCAUUAUCUCAGAGGAAGACCAUGAGUUACAGUUGAAAUUUCCAGACCAUGAGUUUAGAGAUUCCAUGAUCAGUAACUAUGGGGUUUUUUUUAGCCAAAAUCCUUUUUUUUCUGGUUUUCUUAGUCUCCUAGGACUGGAAACAGAAUUAUCUUUGGGUUUUGGGCUGUUGAUCUGACAGUAUGAGACAUCUGAAAAUGUCACCUUGGGGCCUGGGUGUUCAUAAUUGGCAUUUUUACACGUUCACAUUUUCUACACUAAACAAUUAAUUAAGCAAAGCAUAAUAAUGGUGAAAUUAAUUGUUAGCUGCGUAGGUGUUUGCCCUUGUCAACCUGAAGCAAUCAAAAACUCAGAAAUGGUAAAUAAACGAUUCAGGAUUGAUGUCAGACACUCAUGAACAGAAAAUCUCUGAUGUGUAAAAAUCACUUUUACACCUUUAUUUGGGCUCCCAAUACACAAAUCGAGGAUAUGUUCAUCAAUACAGUCUGCUUUAGAUCUCAUGAUACACUGAAUGGUGGAAGGUUUGGACUGAUGCAAUAAACCAACAGUUUUAAAUCUGAACUACAGUCCUAUAUACACAAUUUUUAUUUUAGAGAUCUGUAUUUUCUGAUAGUUAAUAACAUUUAUCAUACUGAAUAGCGAUUGACAAGGUACAAUCACAAGGCCUUUUUGCAAUUUUAGCCGAUAUAUCUUAAAUGCACUUUCACAGCAGAUGUAACGUAAACUUCAUUUGUAGCUCUAUAAUGAGUCUGCACAUUAAGUUCAGGUGCGGCCUUGGAGGUCCCAAUAGACAGCAAAUGGAGUCGGCCUCACAUUUGUAUUUGUUUUUUAACUAUUGAUGCACUCUUUGAAAAAUAAGCAGACCAUGUUUCCUAUGACAGAUACCAAAGUUCUGCCGUCUUCGUCAGCAAAUGGACGAGGUGAUACAUCUCC